AUGGCUGGUGGUAAAGCGGGUAAAGAUUCUGGCAAAGCCAAGGCGAAAGCGGUAUCCAGAUCAGCAAGAGCAGGGUUGCAGUUCCCAGUGGGAAGAAUACAUAGACAUCUUAAAAAUAGGACGACAAGCCACGGUCGUGUUGGUGCUACAGCAGCGGUAUAUUCAGCAGCUAUUCUGGAAUAUCUUACCGCCGAGGUGUUGGAGUGGUCCUGGAGCACCUGUUUAACUGAAGCAUCAUCAAGAUCAACAUUGCAUUUGAACCUGGAUAAGUUUUUCAGCAUUGUA